GAUAGCAAGCAGCACCUCAUCGACUGGGGGCUUUGAAGCUAAGCUAACUACCUGUGUGCUGUUGGUGAGAACACAUGCUAGCUCAGCCGCCGGUAAACUGUUUCAAACAUGAUUCAUAUAUUAGCAGGUGUCAGAAGGUCGUUGCGCUGGUUUGAAACGAGUCCAAUAAAUUAGCCUUUCCGGAGCAAAACGAGAUACAAGAGAGAGGCGUUGCUCCUCAGUGAAACCAGCUACGGGUAGUCUUGACAACAGCUUCCUCCCGUCGCGAACCAAGUUCCUCCUCCGCUUGCGGAUGAGGUAGUUGAGCGGCUCUGAAAACCACCCAGGCGGUGGGUACAUGUCUACCACCCAUUGAACCACCAGGAAAUCCCGCUGUACAUGUUUCGCCAAGAAGUCAGUGUGACGUCUUUUAUUCCGUCUUGUUCGUAUCUUUUCCAACCCGAGAAGAGGAAUAUGUCCCGGUAUAACAUUUACAGCCUGUUGGACUGGAUCUACGGCGGGGUGGACCCGAAGUUUGAGGGUAACGGGGGGCCCGAGUGUGCGGCUUUCAUCGGCCCCCAGCAGCGCGUGGCGGAGAGCUUUGUCAUCAUCCUUAUCUCUCUGUUGGAGAUCGGCGCGGCGCUGAAGAAAAUCAACUUGUCCAAAGAGUUCAGACUUGUCGGCGGAGACUGCGUGAGGACGAAGGAGGACAGUCUGGGCAAGAACCUGUUGCUGGUGGCUCUUUGCAUGACGUUUGGUGUAGAAGUUGGCUUCAAGUUUGCCACUAAGACUGUGAUCUAUCUUCUGAACCCCUGCCAUGUGGUCACCAUGAUUCAGAUCUUCCUGCUGGCCUGCCCACCAUGUAAAACAGCAAUGGUUGUCUUUAGGCUGCAUGUCCACAUGUUGAAUGGAGCACUGCUGGCGUUAAUGUUCCCCGUCGUCAACACCAGGCUGCUUCCCUUUGAGAAGGAGAUCUACUACAUUCAACACUCCAUGAUGUACUUGGUGCCUGUUUACCUUAUGAGGAAAGGAGGUGUGUACCGACCCGAACCGCUGAGGGACACAAGGUGGACGGUGCUGGCCACCGGCAUCCUGUUCUUCUACCAUUUCACCUUCCUGCAGGUCCUUGGCCUGGCGACGGAGGUCAACCUGAACAACAUGCUGUGUCCGGCCGUGUCCGAUCCCUUUUACGGGCCUUGGUACCGGGUGUGGGCGACGGGCCACCAGACCCUGCUGACGCUCCUCCAUGGAAAGCUCCUCACGUUGCUCUCGCAGCACAGCGGCUCUGCCUGCAGCUGCCUGCUGGACAUGCUGCGACCGCGCAGCAAGAAGGUGGACUAGCUGUCCUCAGAGCUGCAGACCCAGCCAGCUCUCAGCACCAAGGUUCCAUUUAAAAUCGACAUUUGAACGGGUCGUUUAGGACGUUCUGUUGAGACGGCGGGAGAAUCCCCUGGCCAGUAACUCAACAUGCAGUCACUCGAUGGCUCAAAAUACAUACUUGCAUGUACAAUUUAGCAUUUCAAAUCUAGCUCUCGAUAAGCUGGGCGCGUGUUUUAUGGGAAUCCAGUUUUCAUCCAGGUUUGUUCUAAAUAUAAACGUUUUAAGGACCGAAACGUGGAAAUGCGAAGCUGAACAUCACCUGCUGUCUGUAAGGCGCUGCUUUUUAGUUCCCUAUGAAUUUAGUUAAGCUCUUAUUUUAGUGUUGUUUUUAUUUGUCUCAAGUGUGCUUUGGAGCAGAUAAAUGUGAGCUGUUUUAAAAGUUCCUGCUUCUUUCUGAAACAAGAAUUUAAAUGUUCUUUUAAUGUGGGGGGG